AUGUCUGAGGCUCCCGCUGGAAGCGGCUCUCUGGCAGGCCGUGUCUCAAAACCAGACCAGCCUAAUCCCGCCGCCGAAUCUUUCAAACCCAAGUCUGGCACCUCUUGGGCGGAUGAGGUUGCCUCUCCUGCCACAGAACUCCCUUCCAACCCGAUUCAAGCACCAGAAUCUUCCGAUGCAAUCCCUCAGGUCGACGGCGCUACUACGCCCUUUGGCGGUUCAACCUUGCAGGAGCCGGAAUAUCAGGUCGAAAUCAAGCUGGCUGAUAUGCAAGCUGAUCCGAACAACCCUCUAUUCUCCGCUACAUCAUUCGAGCAGCUGGGCUUGACCGAGGAUAUUCUCAAAGGUGUCAUGAGCAUGAAUUUCCGCAAGCCGUCAAAGGUUCAAGAGAAGACUCUGCCCCUCUUACUACUAAAUCCUCCUCAAAAUCUCAUCGGCCAGUCUCAAUCAGGAACUGGCAAGACUGCCGCCUUCGUCCUUAACAUUCUGGCUCGUCUUGACUUGAGCUCCGAACAAAUGCAAAAAACCCCUCAAGCUCUGGUUCUUGCGCCGAGCAGAGAACUCGCUCGACAGAUUGUUGGUGUUGUUAAGGUCAUGGGUUCUUUCGUCAACGGUCUCAACGUUGAAGCUGCCGUUCCUCAGGAUGCCGCAUCACGUACAAGAAAGAUAGAAGCCUCUGUUGUCGUUGGAACUCCAGGUACAGUCAUGGACAUGAUUCGCAAGCGGUCCAUGGAUUCCAGAGGAUUCAAAGUCCUUGUCCUUGAUGAAGCCGACAAUAUGCUUGACCAACAAGGCCUCGGAGACCAAUGCAUCCGUGUCAAGCGCAUGCUUCCCAAGAACAUCCAGAUUGUUCUGUUCUCAGCCACUUUCCCCGACAACGUUGUCAACUACGCCGUUCAGUUCGCUCCAGGUGCCAAUCAAAUGACUCUCCAACACCAAGACCUGACCGUGGAAGGAAUCAAACAAAUCUAUUUAGACUGUGAUAAUGACCAGGCCAAGUAUGAUAUCCUUGUCAAGUUCUACGGUUUGAUGACCAUUGGCUCCUCAAUCAUUUUCGUCAAGACUCGGGACACUGCACUUGCCAUCGAGCAGCGAAUGACCGCAGAAGGUCAUAAAGUUGUAUCUCUCACUGGUGGAUACGAGGGCGCACAACGAGACGUCAUCAUUGACUCUUUCCGUAUGGGCCACGCAAAAGUUCUUAUCACCACCAACGUACUUGCCCGCGGCAUCGACGUUCAGUCCGUUUCCAUGGUGGUCAACUACGACGUGCCAGAUAAAUUCCUCGGUCACGGAAAAUUUGUUGCUGAUCCACAGACUUACCUCCACCGUAUCGGUCGAACCGGUCGAUUUGGUCGCGUCGGCGUCGCCGUCACGUUUAUCAGCAGUAGAAGUGACUGGGACAAGUUGAUGGAGAUUCAAAAGUACUUUGGUACAGAAAUGACCAAAGUAGCGACCGAUGAUUGGGAUGAACUGGAGGAUCAAGUCACCAAGAUCAUCAAGAGCUCUAGGGCUGGGGCGAAUUUCCAGGAGGGAGCAAAGAUGGGAGGAAUGCAGAUGUAA